AUGGCUCCAGAAAACAUGAACAACCCACAAGCACCAAAAAAACCAAAAUUUUCGCAACACAAAGCCUCGACUGCUUCUACAAAUGUGGAAGAAACAUUUGAAUUAAAAUAUGGAGAAGGAAUUGCAUUCCGAAACGAACAUUCUACUCUCCGAUUGACCGUUAAAAGUGGGUGCAUUGAUAUUUUCGGAACCGAAUUUAAAGAGAGUCAAUUUGUUGAAUUUGCACAUCCCGAAAAAUCAUUUCAUGUGAUCGGACUCAAUACUCAUCACGACGGAAAUACAUUGAUUCAAAUUCAACAUUCUUCACAAGAUGUUAUUUCUCUUCUCAAUGAUCCAUCCUACAUUGCAUUCCAUCAAGGAUUAAUUGAAAUGUUUGAAAAUAUUUCAAAACAAAUUGAACAUGUAAGAUUGUUGGUGGUUGGACCGACAGAUUCUGGUAAAUCAACAAUUUGCAAAAUUCUCUUUAAUCAUGCCAUGUUUUCAUCUAGUACUGAUUUGCAAAGAAUUUGUUUUUUCUCAGACAUUGACGUUGGACAAAAUCAAGUUUCACUUCCAGGAACCAUGGGAUUGAGUGUGGCAUCUUCCAGUGGAAGUGGUAGCAUCGAUAAAGAAAGCAGCAGUAUGGAAACAAAUAGCAACACAAGUGAAAUUGUGUACACCAAAGAAUUAUCUGUCUCACAUCAAGCUCCACUCGAGCUCAUUCCACACAAACAUGUUUUUUACUUUGGGGAUAUCUCACCUAAAAACACUAUUUAUUAUAAUUACAUUUGCCAAAGAAUUUAUGAAAAGUACGAGUCUAUUUUACAAGAGAAUGAACGAGUGAACAAGUCCUUUUUGGUGAUGAAUACAUGUGGAUGGGUUGAAGGUCAAGGUUAUUCAAUUCUAUUGAAGGCAAUCAAGUCUUGCAAAAUUACACAUGUUCUAUCAAUGGAUGAACAAACAUUCAAGAGCCUCAAGAAAGAUACUGCCGAAAGUGGAGUUGAAAUUAUUUAUAAACAAAAGAGUAGUCAAGUUAAAAAGAGAAAUACCAAUUUCAGGAAGGAAACAAGAAACAAUUCGAUCAUGUCCUAUUUUUCCAAGCCCCUCAAUACAUUGACGCUGUCAUUGGAUGAUGUUCAAAUGUGUAUGCUUGAUUACAAGACUCAAACAAGUGCUCGAGCUCUUGACCUUUCAGACAAGUCUCUGAAUAGAAUUUGCGCUAUUUCAACAGCUAAUUCCGUCGAUCAAGUGUUGAACCAGGAAAUAUUUUGCUUUAUUGUUCUGGAACAAUUUAACUCUGAGAAGAAAACUGUAAAGCUUUUAUUACCAGCAUCCAAAGACAAGAAGGAAAUAGAGAAAUUGCCAAAGCCAAUAUUCCUUCUCAGUGGUUCAGUUAUGUUCAAGUAA